AUUCUUUUCCUCUGGCGCGCUGUUGCCAUUGCUCACACAUGUUCAUUGGGCUGUUUUAUUGGAUUUUAUGGUUAAAUGUUUAUCUCGGCUGAUUUUUAGGUGUUUUUGCGGACAGUUUUUAGAGCAGAGUGUUUAUGUAGUGGGUCUGUCUUAGUGGAAAUACUUUUGACAGUUUAGGUCGUCCUGCAUGAACCACACUGCUUCUCACUGCGGGAUCGUGGGGUUGUAAAUAGUAUGUUUGCAGGCAGCAGAGGGGUGAAAAUUUAGACGCGGUGCGCGUUUUAUUUUUCCGAACAAGACAGCUUUCAAAGUUGACUAAAUAGCAUAUGGGGGUUAAGAUUAUAAACCGGGGGCUGUGUAGUGCGUGGUCAAAUUUACAGAUAGAAGCGUUAACCAAGGCAUCCAACGAUUUCACUCUUUAUCUAUGCAUGUUUUAAAACCCGGAGUUCGCACUCUCGCUCGCUCUGUCUCUAGUCUAGAUGUUUUGGUUUUGUUGUCCUGUGCCAGAAGCCGUUCACACUGUUUUCAUAUGCUGGUAUAAAUCACAUCCCAAGCUUAGAGAUGGUUUCUGAUUUGGUUGUACAAUUGUUGAGCGAGUGUUUGCCAUUUGCUUUUGUUUUUUAUACUUUUUUUUUUCUGCAGCGCAGGGACCCAUUAAUGUCAUUAUUGAUAUUGUCAUUAUUGUUUUUGUUUUUUUGGUCAAAGUGCAUAAAGUGACAGAUUUUGCUGAACUGCUAUAAAAUGUAACAGUGUUUAGCAGUAGAGAUGAAAUAGGAAAGUUUGUAUCGUUCUGCGGUUGCUGUCACUUGAAACAGCACGAGCGCAGCAGACCUGCAUAAGUUUCUCAGUACUCAUGUGUUUUCACUUUAAAUGUGUGUGUAUAUAUAUAUUUGUUAUUUGUCGCCAAUGUGUUGGGCGUUUCAUUUUGAAAUAAGUUUUAAUGUUCUCGUCAGAAAUGCAGCAUAUUAGAAAGAUGUGUAUAUUAAAAAAAAAAACUAUAUAUUUAAAGUACUGCUUGGCACUGAGCGAUUGGCUCGUAAAUCUCUGUCCGCUGUUUGCGUGUUGUGAAUCGGGCUCUAUUCCUGGAAUGAGCACAUUUAAUGGCGUUCAGUUACAUAGGGUAAAAGUGGUAAAUAAGAUUUAACGCUUAAUAAGAUGGAAACAGAGCAAGAAUGCGAGACAAAUAAGAGCUCAACAGAGAGCGCGUGUGCUCUGCCAUAUGACACUUUUCUGUGUUCGUGAGAAGUUGACGUUGUUUAUACGGUCGUAGUGAUUUAAGAUUGCCAAAUGCCGGCGAAACUGCCAAAUAUGACUUGAUAUGCGAGUUGCAGGUGUUGUCGGUGUCGUUUUGCGUCGCUGAACGUCAAAACGGUCUCUGGGUGACAUCUCGUGGACGCAAAACUUUAGAUUUCUUAAAGAGUUGACGGAAUAAAACUAACUGUUCAGAACAUGAAAUCAGCGUGGCUAAAAAAGUUCUUCGGGUCAGUAGAAAACAUUUUUAGAGAAGAGCUGGUGUAUUUAGGUGUUAUGGUGGGUUUCUGAGUGUGCAUGUGUGUGAUUUUUAUUUGUUUGUCCAGUGGUUAAAAUCCCGAUCAUCUGCGCGUUUGCCUCCUCACACAAGAGCAUUACAAGAAUCAUGGGCUGAUUAAGCUACUUUGGCACCAUGACAGCGCGCGGUCGGGGAUAUUGAUGUUAUGUAGGCUCAAGUGGAAACAGAAUCUCGAAUACUGAAUGUUCAACAUGUGAGAAAUGUUCGCCUAACUAUUUAAAGGCGUCCAGUGAAACUAUAUUUGUGUCAAGGCGCCAGAUGUGACUGGGAGAACCGUCUGAGAUCUCGAAAAAAUGGCUUGUGCAGCCGACAGCUGCAUUCAAUUCACGCGUCAUGCAAGUGAUGUUCUGCUCAACCUGAACCGACUGCGUAGCAGAGAUAUCCUUACAGAUGUCACGAUUCUGGUCAACAGGCAACAGUUUCGAGCACACAAAACAGUCCUUAUGGCAUGCAGUGGACUCUUCUACUCAAUCUUUACUGAUUCACACAAAUGCAACCUGAACGCCAUCAGUCUGGACCCGAAGGUUGACCCAGAGGGUUUCGCAAUCCUUCUGGAGUUCAUGUACACUUCACGUCUCACACUGAAGGAGAGCCUCAUCAUGGCCAUCAUGAACACAGCCAUCUAUUUACAGAUGGACCACGUUGUUGACACCUGCCACAGAUUCAUAAAGUCCAGUGACUCCUCCAUCAAACUUCCCAGAGAGGACUUUCUGGUCAGCCCCCUGCUUUUACCUCAAGACAUUCACAGUUACAGACCCCAUGAGGUGCUGGAAAACGUUCCUGGACGGGCAGCGACUUUCAGAGAUGGGAGACCCUAUGGUGUCUGCAUGUUUAACGGGGUCAACAGUCCUAACAGCUCGUACCUUUACAGCCAGUUUCCCAUGCAAGGUUUUCCCUUUCCUCUUUGCAAGCUGACAGAUACCAAAAACACUUUCUCAGACUUCUCAAAGGGAGGCAUCAUCCAUCACAAACACUGCUCGCCGGCUGAUGGCAACAACCCCGUGCUGGCCGAUUUCACCCGUAGCGCUACCGGCGGGAGCUCAACUGCUUGCCAUGCCAGUUCAUACUCCUCGAGAGAGCUGGGAAGGGAUGAGGAAAUGAAGCGGGAGACCUUGGAGGGAGUGGUCCAUUCGAUUGGGAUGAGCUCCAGAAAGCACGGCUUCACCAGCCUGGCCCAGGAGCAGCAGCAGAGGGAGACUGGGAAAGAGCAAAGUUCCCUGGCAGAGGAGCAUCUGAGCCACCAACACUACUCCAUGGGCAUAUCCUCUAAUGGACGCAAAACCUUGAUGAGCAGUCCUCAGAGCCCCCUCAAAUCAGAUUGCCAGCCCAAUUCCCCAACAGAAUCGAGCAGCAGCAAAAACGCCGCCCUCGCGCAGUCCUUGCAACCUCCAACCUCUCAAGGUACUCAAGACCCUAAAGCUCGUAACUGGAAGAAAUACAAAUUCAUUGUUCUCAAUCAGAGCUCCAAGGAGGAGGAGACCAGUCCUCGUGACCCUGGAAUGCACUCCCCGCAGAGGCCGGGAUUGUCGGCUUUUCUUCACCAUGUUGAUUCUGAACAUCCCGACUCGAAGGCGACAACAAAGAUCAACGAGCAAGGCGAGGACUUCACCGUGCCUCAGGCCAGUCGCCUCAACAACAUCAUCAACAGCAGAACUCUAGAGGGAUCACAGAGGAACAGCGACAGCCACUCUUCUCUCUAUAUGAGCCAUUUAAAAUGCUCGUCCUGUGGCUCCCAGUCUCCACAACACCCUGACGUCUGUCCCAACACGUCCGCCUCGCGUCUGGCCGAGGAGAUGUCUGAGAUGCACUCGGAGUACUCCGAUUCCAGCUGUGAAAAUGGAACAUACUUCUGUAAUGAAUGCGACUCCAAGUUUGCAGAGGAGGAAGCCUUGAAACGCCACACGCUUCAGGUCCACAGCGACAAGCCAUACAAAUGUGACCGUUGCCAAGCAGCAUUCCGCUACAAGGGAAACCUUGCCAGUCACAAAACAGUUCACACCGGAGAGAAACCGUAUAGAUGCAAUAUCUGCGGGGCUCAGUUCAACAGACCAGCUAACCUCAAAACCCACACACGAAUUCACUCAGGAGAAAAGCCAUACAAGUGCGAGACAUGCGGCGCUAGAUUUGUGCAGGUUGCUCACCUUCGGGCUCAUGUUCUCAUUCAUACCGGAGAGAAGCCAUAUCCAUGCGAGAUCUGUGGCACUCGUUUCCGCCAUCUGCAGACGCUGAAAAGUCACCUGCGAAUACACACGGGAGAAAAGCCCUAUCAUUGUGAGAAAUGCAACUUGCAUUUUCGCCACAAAAGUCAGCUGCGGUUACACCUGCGGCAGAAGCACGGUGCAAUCACCAACACCAAGAUCCAGUAUCGCAUGUCCUCGACAGACCUACCAACCGACUUAACAAAGGCAUGCUGAGAAAGCACUUAGGGGCAGACAUGACCAUGGCAUUAUAUGACCUGACUUGUACAAUCAUUCUAAAUUUUAGUGCCACACUGUGUUAAUCGGACAAGAAAAAAAAAAAGAAAAAAAAAACAAAACACUGGCAAGAAAUGCCAGUCUAAACGGGUUUCCUCUACAUUUGAACAUAGAAACACAAUAUGGUCUCUUGUAGUCACUUUAUUGUUUUAUAUAUAUAUAUAUAUAUAUAUAUAUAUAUAUUAAUGUUGGGAGUGUUUUUACGUUUUGAGUUACUAAAAAAGCUUUAUUUUGUUGGAAGAAGGAUGGAAUGUAAAACAUUUAAAUCCGGUUUUUGAAAAUACAGUAUUUUCUAACAAAAAAAAAUACUUUUCUGAAGGUAUUGGGGAUUUUGAUUGAGGUUGGAAUAUUUUAAGUCAAACACAUUUCUCGCAAAGCAAAGAAUUGUGUCUAUAGAUUUUUAUAUAUAUAAAUGUACAGGUUACACUAUAUUGGAACGACCUCUGUCUUGUAAGAGGAACUCCUAACUGUGACUAUAGCAUUGAAUAUCUUACUUGGUUUUUGUCGUGUACUUUUGAGAAUAAUGGCUGCUCUCUCAAAUGGAAAACAUGCAUGAGGUGGGUUGCCACUGAUAAACUUUCACUAUGUAGGCAACUGCAUAAAUAUUGUGACAGUGUAAUUACUUUACAUCAAGAUUGCUCUCUGCUGGCAGAGCCGAUGUGGAAUUACAUGGUAACAUAUGCAUUCAAAAGUAAUAAUGAUUAUAAUAAUAAUAAUAAAAAAGAAAGGGUACUGCUAUGUUAUGACCAAGGAGAUAUUUUGCUUCAGAUGUAUUUGUAUAGAAACGUGACUUUUUAUUUCUUUUGGCAAGUGAAGGUUUACAGUUUUGUCGUUGUAAGCUACGUAAAAGGUUAUACUAUUGUCUUUAUUUUCUUUUCUUUUUGUCUGUGUAUACACUGUGUACUCAAGGUGCCUUUCUCAAUGGUGUCUGAAUUUCUUUUCAUUCAGCCCAGCUCUACUAAGGUACAACUGAAGGGCAACACAUGUCCUUUUUUCCCUUUUUGAGUGUGUAAACAUGUGAGAAUGUUUUUGUGACAGAAGGACAGCGUGGCUGAGUGUGUGUGCAUGUGUGCUUUAUAAAUGCUUUUCACACACUUCAAGAAAAAAUGCAACUCAUUGCGUGAGCUAUACAUCUUCAGGACUUGUUUUGGGAUUGGGCUUUUUUAAAUAAUAAAAAAAAUGCAUUAAGCUUACUGUAAAAUAUAGAUGUAUGAAUGUAAAAUAAAAGUAUUGG